AUGGUUCAGCAGCUCCGUCUACCUUUAGACGAAAACGAAAUACAUAAAGCACUUAGCAUUUUAAAGCGGAUCGCAUUAGCUAACGGCUUUUCUACAAGCGACGUCACGCACACCCACAACAGGCCAAAGAAACGACGGCACCCACAACAGGCCAAAGAAACGACGGCACCCACAACAGGCCAAAGAAACGACGGCACCCACAACAGGCCAAAGAAACGACGGCACCCACAACAGGCCAAAGAAACGACGGCACCCACAACAGGCCAAAGAAACGACGGCACCCACAACAGGCCAAAGAAACGACGGCACCCACAACAGGCCAAAGAAACGACGGCACCCACAACAGGCCAAAGAAACGACGGCACCCACAACAGGCCAAAGAAACGACGGCACCCUCAACAGGCCAAAGAAACGACGGCACCCACAACAGGCCAAAGAAUCGACGGCACCCACAACAGGCCAAAGAAACGACGGCACCCACAACAGGCCAAAGAAACGACGGCACCCACAACAGGCCAAAGAAACUACGGCACCCACAACAGGCCAAAGAAACUACGGCACCCACAACAGGCCAAAGAAACUACGGCACCCACAACAGGCCAAAGAAACUACGGCACCCACAACAGGCCAAAGAAACUACGGCACCCACAACAGGCCAAAGAAACUACGGCACCCACAACAGGCCAAAGAAACUACGGCACCCACAACAGGCCAAAGAAACUACGGCACCCACAACAGGCCAAAGAAACUACGGCACCCACAACAGGCCAAAGAAACUACGGCACCCACAACAGGCCAAAGAAACUACGUGUGCAGACAACACCUUCCAUCCUGCAGAGCAGGCUGGAAGCCAUACGUCCAGAAUGUACUGCUGAGGUCUUGGUGGAAGUCAGGAAUGCACCGCCCGAGGCGGGCGAGACACCGCCCGAGGCGGGCGAGACACCGCCCGAGGCGGGCGAGACACCGCCCGAGGCGGGCGAGACACCGCCCGAGGCGGGCGAGACACCGCCCGAGGCGGGCGAGACACCGCCCGAGGCGGGCGAGACACCGCCCGAGGCGGGCGAGACACCGUCUAAUAUGAAAUUACACAAAUCCACAGUGUGCCACGUACUGAGCCUAGAGUGA